UCUCCUAACUUGUCCAGCUUUCUGAGCCGGCCGAACCCUCCUUGUGAAACACUUGAUUCCAGACAAGGAACGGACAGUUCCAUUCUUCUUAGCAAAAAUGCCUUACCCAUUGCUAAUUCUGAAUCUCCCAUAUUAUUCGAUUCCGUUGCCAAUGUUACUGGCUCUGUUCGUCUGCGGGGAAUCCUCGAGGUGAUUACAGUCUGCUCUGCUCGUCACGAGAGCCCCAGAGAUUGCCGCAGCUGUUCAAGAGCCCUAUACCAGUCUGCUUCCUUAUAUAGCUCUAUUGGUGAACCUCAAACAAGCUAUUCUCGGGCCCCACAACCAAAACCUUGUUACCAUUCCUCCGGAUUAUCUACGUCAUCCCCUGACUCUCCUGUCUGUUUGGCCGACUUGAUUAUCGCAUACUUCGCACUCCGCUUCGACCUCCUGUCAUCUUCUGUCUGGUCAGCUCGACUUGGACUACCCCUAGGCCGCCAUCUCCUCGAGGCCACCAUCCGACACCCAGCCACUGCAAGUGCCUCUAUCAUCAAUGCUGCUGAGCUUUUUGGUCAUUCAGCUGAUGAUAUCCUAUCCGCCUUGACUUCAUCUUCUGCUCCUUUAGUGGAUAAGCCCUUGUUACCCGGCCUUUCUCUUAGUGAAUGCAGUAAUCACUCACUGAACUCGCUUAAAUCUGGAUUGGCUACGACUUUGCCAGCUGCUCCUCCGGCCAGUUCGAGCAUGGCCGGACUAACCAAUAUCCGUGUGAGUACGCAGAUGCAGGCUGUCACGUGUCUCUCGCAUUUGGCUCGUCUGACCCCACUGUCAUUUCUGCAACCGCUGCGGAUUGACUUAUGCUUAGACGGCUGGGAUGGUAGACCGGGACUCGUAGCAAAUAACCAGGCACCCUCUGGUGUUUCAAGUCUAAUCAAUCAGAGCGUUGACUGGCCAAAUGCAGUUGAUAUGCUGGAUCACCUUGUGCAUCAUGCGGAUCCUCAGUUGCGUGGACAGGCCUGUGUUGUCGCCGGCCAUCUGAUUUCCGCUCUUUGCCAUCGGCUUAUGGCUACUCAGUUCUUCCACUUGCCGUCGCCAACCAUAGACACAGAUUUUCAGACUGUUAUUUCCGACCCAGCAAGACGCAGUGGCAUUCAGCUCGAACAGCCACUUAGGAAUUUGGAGUUGGGUAAAAAUCUGAGCGAAACUGACGUGUUGGCUAACAUGUAUCGACUUUUCGGUUUCAUCGAGCAUAUUCUUGAAGAUCAGGUAAUGGAUGCUUCAUAUCUAGCCUAA